AUGACCCAGAAUAGCACCUUGGCACGCAUUGUGGGAGGAGUGGACGUUUCGCCACCAAACAAGUACUCCUGGACGGCACUGCUGCAGUACUACGGACAGAACCGAGGGUCCGGAACGCUGAUCAACGAUCGCACCGUCAUUAGUUCGGCCACCAUCAUCUCGGGCAUGGUGGUCUCCAUCCAGAUCGCCGUGAUCUUCGAUGCCUUCGACGCCAGUGCCAGCGACGAGUCAACGAGACGGCCGUUUGCGGUGGCCAGAGCACGAGUGCAUCCGCAGUACACAGCGCAGAACCCUUUCCGUAACAACAUUGGCUUGCUGCAGCUGGUCGUCCCGAUAACGAUCAGUCCCAGCUUGAUGCCCAUCUGCCUGCCCAACAACUAUGACAGCUUUGCCGGUACCGAAGCGGUCCUGGCAGGCUGGGGAGCCAGCGACCAGGAUGGUUCUCCGUGGCAAACGCUUCGUGAAACGACGAUUCCACUCUACUCCGUCGAUGAAUGCCAACUUGCGUACCCCAAUGCGACUGAGGACAACAUUUGUGGUGGCGUGUUCUAUCCGGUCCCCGCGGACCAACACAAAGCACUGUGCGAUGUAAGCACCAAUAUUCUACACAACGUCAUGUUGUUGGACGACACUUAG